AUGUGGGUGGAUACAGGCGGGGACCUGAUCAGCAAGCAGGCGGUGCUGUGCCACCGCGUGCUGCGUCUGGCGCGCGCGCUGGGCGCGAGCGGGCAGCUGGGCCCGCGCGACUGGAAGCAGCUGCUGCUGCUGCUGCUGGCGGCCGCGUCGGCGCUGCUGUCGCCGCCCGCGCCGCACCACUCCGCCGCCGAGCAGCUCUGCGAGCGCGUGCUCUGCGUGCUCUUCGAGGUCUGGAUACUGGCCUGCCACAGAUGUUUCCCAGUGCCCCCACUAUGGCGUACACUGCGCGAGCAGUGCGUGCGCUGGCGGCACCGCGCGCCGCUGACGGAGCAAUGGACGCGCGCCUCGCUCGCUCUCACCGCCAGGCUGCUCAAACACAUGUACGGGCCACUCUUCCCCGUUAUGCCCAUCAGCGAGGAGGAUGCAAACCUAAUUCCCCCGGACAUGAGCGCGGAAGCGGUAAUGCAGAGCUGGUACCGCAUCCUCCACACUAUCGGGAACCCAGUCGAUCUCUGCCGACCUCAUGUGAUCAGCCAGACUCCUGACUUUUUACAGUAUUCUAUCACUCAAGAUGAAGGCAGUAGGGAUCCCAGCCAGCAUCCUUGCCUGCAGGCUUUACCCUCCAUCUUCCACAAAGCUAUGAAGGGUAUAGCUGCCCACGUAGACGCAUUCCUAGUACGAGUAAGUGGGGGUGUAGGGCGCGGGUCGGAGCGGUGGUGGGGCGCGGGCAGCGCGGCGGGCGCGGCGCCGGAGCCCGAGGACGGCGACCUCACGCCGCCCGCGCACCGCCGCCUCGCCAAGUCAUUCAGCGUCUCCGCCUCCAGACCACGAGACAAACUGCCCGAACGAAUGGGCGAAUCAGAGAAGCCACCGUUAACACCGCUCCGUCCGAAGGUAAACUCCAUCUUGCAUCUGUUUGGCGAAUGGCUGUUUGAGGCGGCACUCAUUGGGACCACUCCACAAUACAACAACCAACAACGUACGGAAGGUACUCCACCGCCUCCGUCCUUGUCUGACGCUACUUAUAAGCUGAACAUGCUCAGCUACCAACCAGGUCGCGCGGAGGCGCUGGGCACGCUGUGCCGCGUGCUGUGCUCGAAGCAGUGCCGCGAGGAGGUGCACCCGCCCUACCUGGCGCGCUGCUACGCCGCGCUGCAUCGCGGCCUCAGGGACCCCGCCACCGCCGCCGCCGUCGUGCUCAACGCGCCUGACAUCUUCCGCCUGGAUCUGGAUGGUGUCUUAGUCCUGGUCCCAGACUUCAUCAACGCAUUAGACCAAAUACUCUCAGAAAGAGAGCCCAGGCUGGAGUGUGGUAACAUAGAUAAGAGAGAACUUCGCAAAGCUGCCAUAAGUGCACUCUUGUCUCUAGUCGCGUUCCCAUACCAUUACAAGGGCCUACCAGUUCCUGAGUUUCCUGGAUGUAAUGAAUACGCGGGCAUGACGCUGGGCGAGCUGACCCGCGGGCGUAUCUCGUUGAUCUGCGUGUCGGCGGUGCAGACGGAGACGGUGGACGCGCUGGCCGUGCCGCUGCUGAGCGCGCUGUACCUGUGCGUGCGCCACAACGCCGCGGCCGCGCCCGCGCCCCCCGCCGCCCCCUCCUCCGCCUCACACACCACCGACUACAAAGAGGCGAUAGAGCGCAAGCGCGCAGUGCGUUGGAUCUGCGACUACAUCACGGUGCAGUGCAGCCGGCCCCCGCAGGCGCACUCGCGCGACCUGCACUCCUGCGUGGUGGCCGCCUACUCCUGCCUGGCCGCCUGGCUCUGCCCCGCACUGCUCGCUGACCAGGACUGCAUUGCCACGCUGCUCGAGGUCGUCGAGCUUGGCAUCUCCGGGAGAAAACCUGGAGAGCCUCCAAAGAUGAAGGACGAGAAAGAACUGAAACCCGUCUCUAUGAGAGUUCGGGAUGCUGCUGAAUCUUUGCUCAUGUUGAUUCUGGAACAGCAAAUAGGCAACGGUGGCAAUGGUUCGUCGUGGUGCCGCCUGGACGAGCGCUGGCUGUCAGCGUUGGGACACGGGCGUCUCCGACACUUCGUGGCCGACGGGAACAUACUGCUGUCUCUAUUAGAGGAGCCGCUUAGCAACAGCCAGGAGCCGCAGCCUACGCUUAUUGCAUUUAUGAACAAGUCCAUCAAGAUUUACAUCAUCGAUAUCGAUGAUUUACCAUCGUUUAAGUGGAAUAUAAAUGGCUGUGUACAGGGUAGCCCGAGUCGGCUGGUGGCGCUGGACGACACGGCGCCCGGGUUCGCGGCAGCCCUGCGGCGUCUGGACGCGUGCGGCGCGCGCGCCUGCGUCACGGUGCACGUGUUCUGCGCGCGCGCAGGCCAGCGCUCCGCCGCGCAGAUUGUGGCCAACGCGCGCAGCCGGGCCACUGUGCCGCCCGCCUUCAUACGCAUGCUGCAGGGACUAGGCACCCCAGUCCGAGUGCGCGGUCACCCUGGCUGGGCGGGGCACGUGGACACAAGCUACGACGCGCCCCCGCAGCCCGCCAGCCAACCACUCGGCGAGCCCGCGCCCGCUAUGUAUGACGCUAGGGAACAGGUACUUUAUUGGUCGGACUCGACGAAUGAAAUAGCGUUCGUAGUACCAUCGGGCCGGGAGAGUAUGGACAGCGAGGAUCGAAACGACAGUAUUAAGUCUGAUGUCGAUGGUUCCUGCUUGUCUAAUCGUUCAGAGAAGGGCGCUGGGUCCUGCUGGGACGUGUCUAGCGGUGGGAGCGUGGGUGGGUACGAGCGCAGCGUGUCGGAGUCGGAGCGCGGCGAGCGCGGCAAGCUGGGGGACAAGCUGCGCGCGCUGUCGCUCGACCUGGACAAGCAGCCCGCCGCGCAUCUCGCUGGUAGCGGCAGACGCAACAGAGAUUACACCACGAAGAUCCUCAUCAUAUGGCUGGAAGACUACGAGGAUCACUUGAAUUUACCGAUAGACGAGCUGUUGUCGUACUGCGAGACGGGCCUGCCGUGGCGGCGCCACGAGGUCUGCGUCGUCUGCGUGUCGGCGCGGCGCUGCGGGCUCGUGCGCGUGCAGUGCGCGGGGGGCGCGGGGGGCGCGGGCGCGGGCGCGGGGGGCGGCGGGGGCGCGGCCAACGGGGUGCUGGCGGACGGCGCGCUGCUGGCGCCGCGCCUGCUGCCGGCCACGCUGCGGCGCGCCGCCAUCGACGCCGCCAGGCGCACCAGGCUCAACACCGACCUGUACCAGCCCCCACACGUGCGACGUCGCCACUUAAUCCAAGAGUUAGCACAGCAAUAUAAGAAGGACCUCACCGAACCAGAACUCCUUGAAUCACUUUUCAGGAAUCCGUAAUUAUAAUUUUAAUACACGCAUGUCAAGUUAACCUCUCUUAUCAAAUACGAUUUUCAACCGUAUCUCGUUGUGAUAAAGUUGAGAAUUAUUUUCGACUUCGGGUAGUUUGAUGCAAGCGCCUGUAAUCACAGCCUAAUAAUCAAGCUUGUUAGAUACAAGUAAUAUUUUUACACGUAACUUGUUUAUGGCGGCACAGAAAUUUAAAUUUUAUUUUGUCUAAAUAAAAGCUAUUUGUGAUAAAAUUGCUGCGUAAAGGAUAUUUAGUCUUAUUGCAAGAGUAUUGAUAAUACGACACGUGAAUUUCGCUUGUCAUCUGCGGGAUGAACGCUAACAAAGUAUGAAUUAAAGUAUUGCUUAUUUACAUUGAAAUAAGGUUAUUUUUCGCUCCAAGCUUUCUGUGGAAUGACAGAAUACAGCUAAUGUUUUUAUGAAAUAAAAACUUUAGCUUGUAUUGAGGCUCUAAUUUAUUAAAUACAAUAUUGGUAUUAGUUUAUAUUUAGCAAUUUUGUCCAUAGCCAUAUGGAUAUAUGUAUAAACUAGGUGACCUAACCAUGUCAUGUUGUAAUCAGUGUUAAGCAAAC